AUGGGUAAAAAUAAAGUAUUCAAUGUCGCUGUCUUUUUUGUUGUCUUUAGAGAGUGUUUAGAGGCUGUCAUUAUUGUUUCUGUUUUAUUAUCAUUUUUAAAACAGGCAAUUGGCAGUAAAGAUAAGAAAUUAUAUAAAAAAUUGGUCUUUCAGGUUUGGACAGGUGUCGUGACUGGUUUCAUCAUAUGUUUAGCAAUCGGUGGUGGUUUUAUUGGUGCUUACUAUCGUUAUCAAAACGAUAUUUUCGGCAAUGCUGAAGAUUUGUGGGAAGGUAUCUUCUGCAUGGUGGCUACAAUCAUGAUUACCAUGAUGGGUAUCCCUAUGUUGAGAAUGAAUAAAAUGCAGAGUAAAUGGAGAGUUAAGAUCGCAAAGUCACUAGUUGAAAAACCAGAAAGAAAGAGAGAUUAUUUUAGAUUAGGUUUCCUUGCUAGGAGAUACGCAAUGUUUAUAUUGCCAUUCAUUACCGUAUUGAGAGAAGGUUUAGAAGCAGUUGUAUUCGUUGCUGGUGCAGGUAUUACAACACAAGGCUCUGUAGCAACUGCUUAUCCUCUACCUGUAUUUGUUGGUUUAAUUGCUGGUGGUAUUGUUGGUUUCUUAUUAUACUAUGGUGCCUCUCGCUCUUCAUUACAAGUGUUUUUAGUCAUAUCAACAGGUAUUCUAUACUUGAUUUCUGCUGGUUUAUUUUCAAGAGGUGCAUGGUAUUUUGAAAAUUACAGAUUUAAUAAAGCUACUGGUGGUGACGCUUCUGAAUCCGGUGACGGUAAUGGUUCCUAUAAUAUCAAAAAAGCUGUCUAUCACAUCAAUUGUUGUAAUCCUGAAUUGGAUAACGGUUGGGAUAUUUUUAACGCUCUUUUAGGAUGGCAAAAUACUGGUUACUUAUCUUCGAUUUUAUGUUAUAAUUUCUAUUGGUUGGCUUUAAUAAUUGCUUUAUCUUUAAUGAUUUAUGAAGAAAGAAAUAAUCACUUGCCAUUCUUCAAGAAUCUACAAAUGAAGCAUUUGAAUCCAGGGUAUUGGUUAAAGAAUAAGAAAGCCAACGAAAUGACCAGGGAACAAGAGUUAGAAUUAUUGAACAGAGUUGAUGAUUUAGAAUUUGAUGAUGACGGGAUUAUUGUUGAAAAACAAGUAGUUAGUGGAUCAAAUAAAGAAGAUUCCUUCUAUGAUGAUGGUAUGGGAAAAAGUUCUCAUGCUGAGUCUAAAGACCAAUCUGAUAUUAAAGUAAACACAGAUACUUUAGAUUAA